AUGUCUACAGUUAUGCAAACUCAUCUAGAAACCCAAUUCAAAGAAACAAGAACCCUAACUCUCAAACUAUCACCACCACCACCACCUUCUGAAAAAACCCAAAAAAACUGCUGGAAUUUUCUAGAAACUACACCAUCUCCCAAAUUCACCCCUUACAUCCAUCCUAGUACCAACAAAAAGUCUCAAUCUUUCUUAAUAAGCUUAGAACUAUGCACCGAAAACCUCGGAAGUGAAUCCGGUUCCGACAUGUCCGAUGACAUAUUCGACAUUCUCUCCAUGUCUUCGACUCAUGUUUUUCAUGAUCAGCCUGCUCCAAAACCAACUACUAGGGGGUUGAAUUUGAGGAAGAAGGUUGUUGAUACCAGAAGCAUCCCACCUCCAUUGACGACCAUUAGAGGUAUUAACCCUAUUAAAGUUCGGUCUAAACGUGAAGGAGGUAGGUUGGUUAUUGAUGCCGUCGAGGAGAGGGCGGUUUGUAAUUAUUUCCGGUCGGAUAGAAGCCAUGGUCGUCUCCGACUUAGUUUCUGGGAUAAUUCUGUUACUACUACUGAUGAAGAUGAAUUCGAAGAUCAAGAAAUUGAUGAGGUUGAAGAGGAUGUCGCCACGGCGGCAUCGACGCCGGAGGAGGACAUAAUUGGAAAUAAGAAAUUUCAAAGGUCAAGUAGAUGCAUGGAAGGUAACAAUAACAAGAAAGGAUUGUGUAAUUGGGAACCACUAUGGGUUGCUACUUGA